CCCUAUGUAUCUUAUGCUUCUUCAAACUCCGUAUUCCACUAUUCCUCCAAAAAGAAAAAAGCCUUCCCAUUCCUCCUUCAAAACCCUCGUUAAGUCGGUUCCUCCGUAGCCCGAACUGGUUAUCGAUCGAGACCGGCAAGCAUGACAGCCGAGGUAGUUCCAUAUCAAAACGGCGUCCUAUCAAAUGGAGAUCUAACCUCUAAAGCUGUGAAGAAGUCGCGGGAAAGUGAACGACGCCGUCGGAGACGGAAGCAGAAGAAGAACAAUAAGGCGUCUCAAGUUUCAGAGGCGGCGGACUCUGCCAACGGCGACGGAAGCGACGCUGGUGAAGAUGAGGCUAAAGAGAAUGGUGAUCCUCAACAACAGGUUGUGGAGAAAGUUGAAAUUGAGUAUGUACCAGAACAUGCAGAGCUAGAUGAUGGUUUGGAUGAAGAGUUUAGAAAGGUCUUUGAGAAAUUCAGUUUCCGUGACACUGCUGGUGCUGAGGAGAAUGAUAAAAAGGAUGAGUCUGCCCAAAAUGCUGACACAAAGAAAAAGGCUGAUUCAGACUCUGAUGAGGAAGAAGAGGAUAGUCAACAAAGAGAGAAAGGGUUCUCAAAUAAGAAGAAAAAGCUUCAACGACGGAUGAAGAUCGCUGAAUUGAAACAAAUAUGCUCAAGGCCUGAUGUUGUUGAGGUGUGGGAUGCCACUUCUGCAGACCCAAAAUUGCUGGUAUUUCUGAAAGCAUACCGGAACACAGUUCCUGUGCCGAGGCAUUGGUGUCAGAAGAGGAAGUUCUUACAGGGUAAGCGUGGUAUUGAAAAGCAACCUUUUCAGCUCCCUGAUUUUGUUGCUGCCACUGGAAUUGAGAAAAUUAGACAGGCGUAUACAGAAAAGGAGGACGGUAAGAAGUUAAAACAGAAGCAGCGUGAGCGUAUGCAGCCAAAGAUGGGCAAAAUGGAUAUUGACUAUCAGGUCCUCCAUGAUGCCUUUUUUAAAUACCAAACAAAGCCAAAGCUGACUACUCAUGGUGAUCUGUAUCAUGAAGGGAAAGAAUUUGAGGUAAAGCUUAGGGAGAUGAAGCCAGGCACACUGUCGCAAGAACUAAAAGAAGCACUUGGUAUGGCUGAGGGUGCUCCCCCACCAUGGCUUAUUAAUAUGCAGAGAUAUGGGCCUCCACCAUCUUACCCGCACCUGAAAAUCCCUGGACUGAAUGCUCCUAUUCCUCUGGGGACUAGCUUUGGAUAUCAUGCUGGUGGUUGGGGCAAGCCUCCUGUUGAUGAAUUUGGACGUCCUCUGUAUGGAGAUGUCUUUGGUGUUCAGCAACAAGAACAGCCCAAUUAUGAGGAAGAGCCAGUUGACAAGACCAAGCACUGGGGUGAUUUGGAAGAGGAGGAAGAGGAAGAGGAGGAGGAGGAGGAAGAAGAAGAGAUUGAAGAAGAGGAGCUUGAGGAUGGCAUUCAAUCUGUAGAUAGCCUUUCAAGCACUCCGACUGGUGUUGAGACACCUGAUGUUAUUGAUCUCCGCAAGCAACAAAGAAAGGAACCUGACAGGCCUCUUUACCAAGUACUUGAAGAGAAAGAAGAAAAGAUUGCUCCAGGAACCUUACUUGGAACAACACACACGUAUGUGGUUGGCAGUGGCACCCAAGAUAAGACAUCUGCCAAGAGGGUUGAUUUGCUUAAAGGUCAAAAGUCGGAUAGGGUGGAUGUUACACUUGCACCUGAAGAACUGGAAUCAAUGGAAAACGUUUUGCCGGCUAAGUACGAAGAAGCAAGGGAGGAGGAGAAGCUGCGUAGUCAGCGUGAGGAUUUCAGUGACAUGGUUGCUGAGAAUGAGAAGAAAAGGAAACGGAAAAUGCAAGAAAAAGAGGGGAAAUCGAAGAAAAAGGAUUUCAAAUUCUAAGCUGGGUGAGAAUUUGAAGCUGGUUUUUCCCAUCUGGAAGUUCAAUACCAUGUUUGAGUUUGAGUUUGAGUUGGUGGAACUGGAUUUCAUAUAUAAAUGAGCAGAAUCAGGAGUUGGUUUACUUUUUGCUCGAAGAACUAACUAUGGAUUAGUUUCUAAUCUCAGUUACGGACAUUUGUAAUAUUGUAUUAGUUAUAUUGAAACGCUUUAAUAUUAUGGCUGUGGUUUCAUGAUUAUCCGAGCCCGCAGUAACUGAACUUUUAACUUUUAUUAGAAGUUCUAUUUCAAGGAAUGCGUAAGUUAUAUAAGUAAUAUUGUAUUAGUUAUAUUGGACGUAGAGUGAGUUCUACA